CAAAAUUGAGGGACUAAAAUAUACGGAGUAACAAAUAGAGGAAGUCAAUUGACGUUUUGCUUGUUAUUCUUGUUCCCCACGGCUCAAAACGAAGUACAUUUUCCAUGAGACUUCCAACUAAUUGACAUUUAAUAAUUUCCUCAAUCAAACAACACUAAGUAUAUAUACAAACUUACUGAUUUCUAGGCUUUCUUACAUACACAAAACAAAAUGGAUCACAAUUCAAUACUACUCUACUUUGCAAUCUUUGUAGUCUCAUAUAUAUUGGCUAAAACUUUUUUACACAAAUUCAAAAACUACCCACCAAGCCCUUUCCCUAUUUUACCCAUAUUAGGCCAUCUCCACCUUCUCAAAGACCAAAACUCCAUUCACCGAACCUUAUCAAACCUCUCUCAAAAACUCGGUCCAGUGAUCACCCUUCAGUUUGGUUCUCGCCGCGGCAUCCUCGUCUCCUCCCCCUCCGCAGCCGAGGACUGUCUUCACCACAAUGACAUCAGCUUCGCCAACAGACCCCGCCUCGUGGCAGGCAAGAUCCUAGGAUAUGAUUACACCACCAUAUUGUGGGCCCCACACGGCCCUCUAUGGCGUAACCACCGUAAGAUUGCAGCAACCGAGAUUUUGUCUUCUCAUCGCCUUCAACUAUUGGCUAACAUACGAGCCGAUGAAGUGAGAUCGCUAGUAAAGAGACUAAGUCAAAAGGGUGGUGAUGAAGUGGUGGUGGAGAUUAAGGAGGCGCUUUUCGAGCUUACGAAUAAUGUGAUGAUGAGGAUGAUUGCCGGGAAGAAGAUCUAUGGCGAGGCUGUUGUGUCUAAUGAAGCAAAGAGAUUUCGAGAAGUUGUUAAGGAGUUGAUGGAAAUAGGUGCACCAUCAAGUGUUGUGGAUUUUUUCCCAUUCUUGAAGUAUUUGGGGAUCCAUAUUAGUAAGGAGAAAAAGUACAAGGCUAUUUUCAUGAAAUUUGAUAAGUUUUUCCAAGAUUUGGUGGAUGAAAAACGACGUAAAGCACACGAACAAGGAGUGAUUGAUUGUGGUGGGAAAAACAAGACUCUGAUUGAAGUUUUGAUUGAGCUACAAAACUCAGAUCCUUCAUUUUUUGUUGAUGACAUAAUAAAGGGUCUUGUUCAGGAUUUGUUGCUAGCGGGAACUGAAACAUCAGCUAGUGCAAUGGAAUGGGCAUUAUCAUUGCUAUUAAACAAUCCAGAAGUUCUACGCAAGGCACAAAUUGAGAUAGAUCACCAUAUUGGAACUGAUCAACGCUUGAUCGAGGAAUCCGACUUAGUUCAUCUUCCAUACCUCCAUUGCAUCAUUAAAGAGACACUUCGGAUAUACCCUGCUGCCCCAAUACUACCACCUCGUGAGUCCUCAUCCGAUUGUGUCGUGGGAGGUUAUCAUGUUCCACGAGGCACUCUCCUUACAUUGAACAUAUGGGCAAUACAAAAUGAUCCAAAUAUAUGGAAUGAACCAAGAAAAUUCAAGCCUGAAAGGUUUGAGAAUGUUAUAGGUGAAAGGAUCAAAUACGAAUAUAUACCUUUCGGAUCAGGAAGAAGGGCUUGUCCAGGGGAGAAUUUGGCAAUGCGGAUAAUCGGAUUAACAUUAGGAACGUUAAUACAAUGUUUUGAAUGGAAAAGAAUUGGUGAUCAAGAGGUUGAUAUGCUAGAAACUGUUGGAGUCUCUAUGUGGAAAUCUAACCCUUUAAAAGCAAAGUGCAAGACUCGCCUGAAUAUGAUUAAGUUUUUAUAAGCUUUUUAUUUGAAAUAAGCAUAAAAAUUCUAUCAUGUAUGUUUAGUUUGCCGUUCGAAUUUUACAUGAAUAAUAUGGAGUAAGCUUUAUAUUCUUAGUACUAUACUACUAUGUAUGUUUGAUUGAA